GCCAUUCUCCUGCCUCAGCCUCCCGAGUAGCUGGGACUACAGGCGCCUGCCAUCACGCCCGGCUAAUUUUUUUGUAUUUUUAGUAGAGACGGGGUUUCACCGUGUUAGCCAGGAUGGUCUCGAUCUCCUGACCUCGUGAUCCGCCCGCCUCGGCCUCCCAAAGUGCUGGGAUUACAAGCGUGAGCCACCGCGCCCGGCCUAAUUUUUUGUAUUUUUGGUAGAGACGGGGUUUCACCGUGUUAGCCAGGAGGGUCUCGAUCUCCUGACCUCGUGAUCUGCUCGCCUCGGCCUCCCAAAGUGCUGGGAUUACAGGCGUGAGCCACCACGCCCGGCCAGGUCCCGAAACUUAAGCUUCAUUUGUUUCACUGCAAAUCUGCUUCUGCCUACAAGCCUGGUCUCAUUUUCCUCUACCUAAGGAUCUUCCUCCAUGCAAUUUCGGCCUAGGAGGCCCUUCCCGCCUAGCUAACUCUUUCGGUACUCAACCACCAACUCCUAAUCCUCCCUGGUCCCCCAAGUGGGCUAGGGGCUUCUUUGGAGUCCCUCGCACUGCUCUAAGCAUCCAGGCAGAGUCAUUAUUCCGGGUGCCAGGUUGCUCUUUUUCCAGCAGCCUUCAGGGGACCCCUGGCUGGGCGGAGUCUGUAGAGGCGCGCGGAGUCCUGGGAGAGCGUCAGAUGUAUUUCCUUCCCCUUUUUUCGCUCGUGUCCCGCCGGGUGGCGCUCACCACCUCCCCGGAACACGCGAGUCUCCUGUCGCGGUUCCGGUCGGAAUUACCCCGUGGAGCACGCCGAUAUGGCUGCGCUGACACUGAGGGGUGUCCGGGAGCUGCUGAAGCGUGUGGACUUCGCGACGGUCCCGCGGAGACAUCGAUAUAAGAAGAAAUGGGCUGCCACAGAGCCCAAAUUCCCUGCUGUUCGACUGGCUUUGCAGAAUUUUGACAUGACUUACAGUGUGCAGUUUGGAGAUCUUUGGCCAUCAAUCCGUGUCAGUCUCCUCUCAGAGCAGAAGUAUGGUGCACUGGUCAAUAACUUUGCUGCCUGGGAUCAUGUAAGUGCUAAGCUGGAGCAGCUGAGUGCCAAGGACUUUGUGAAUGAAGCCAUCUCCCACUGGGAACUGCAGUCUGAGGGUGGCCAAUCUGCAGCCCCAUCCCCUGCCUCCUGGGCCUGCAGUCCGAACCUUCGAUGCUUCACUUUUGACAGAGGGGAUAUCAGUCGCUUCCCUCCUGCCAGACCUGGCAGCCUGGGUGUCAUGGAGUACUACCUGAUGGAUGCUGCCUCCUUGCUGCCUGUUCUGGCCCUCGGCCUGCAGCCUGGGGACAUCGUGCUUGACCUAUGUGCAGCUCCUGGGGGAAAGACACUAGCGUUGCUUCAGACUGGCUGUUGCCGCAAUCUUGCUGCCAAUGAUCUCUCCCCGUCCCGAAUAGCCAGACUACAGAAGAUCCUUCACAGCUAUGUGCCUGAAGAGAUCAGGGAUGGAAAUCAAGUUCGAGUUACCUCAUGGGAUGGCAGGAAAUGGGGAGAACUGGAGGGGGACACCUAUGACCGGGUGCUGGUGGAUGUGCCCUGUACCACAGACCGCCACUCCCUUCAUGAGGAGGAGAACAACAUCUUUAAGCGGUCAAGGAAGAAGGAGCGACAGAUAUUGCCUGUGCUGCAAGUGCAGCUUCUUGCGGCUGGACUCCUUGCCACCAAACCAGGAGGCCAUGUUGUCUAUUCUACCUGCUCACUCUCACACUUACAGAACGAGUAUGUGGUGCAAGGUGCCAUUGAGCUCCUGGCCAAUCAAUACAGCAUCCAGACAGGGUCUGGCUCUCACCAGGGUGGAGUGCCGUGGUGUGAUCUCGGCUCACUGCAACCUCCGCCUCCCAGGCUCAAGUGAUCCUCCUGCCUCAGCCUACUGAGUAGCUGGGACUACAGGCACAUGCCACCGCGCCUGGCUAAUUUCUGUAUUUUUAGUAGAGAUGGGGUUUCGCCAUGUUGCCCAGGCUGGUCUUGAACUCUUGAGCUCAAGUGAUCAGCCUGCCUUGGCCUCCCAAAGUGCUAGGAUUACAGGCAUGAGCCACUGCGCCCAGCCACAAUCUGAAAUUCCUUUCUUGAAAUGUCGCUUAUAUUUCUCUCCUUCCUAGCAUUCCUACCUUCGGUAGGGCCUUAUCAUUUCUCACUGAUCAAAGGCAGUAGCCUCAAAACUCAUUUCUAUUACUCUAAUCAGCCCUAAAUUCUUCCAUUCUCCCCCAUCCUCUCAUGCCACCCCUUAUCUGUUGUGUGAUCGCCGAUCACAAUAAUUCCUCCCAUCCUGUCCCAGUACAAUGUGACUUUGCUGCUUCUGUCAUUAAGAGAUGGAGUCUGUUUCCCCACCUCUUGAAUCUGGGCUGAUCUUAUGAUUUGUUUAGACCAGUAAAGUCUGGUGGAAGGGAUGCUGUGCAACUUCUGCAUGUAGGCCUCAAGAAGCCUCGCAACUUCCACGCUCAUUUUGGAGCUCUUCUGCGGCUCUGUGAAGAAGCCUGGACCAACCUGCUGGAGACAUGUGCUGGAAGCUGUCUUAGACCUCCCAAGCUCAGUUAAACAGUUAGGUGACCCAAACAGCAUGAGUGACCCCAGCCAAGACCAACCUAAAUCGCUGACCUCCAGAAUCAUGAACAAAUAAAGUAGUGGUUGUUUUAAGCCAGUAAGUUUUGGAAAUGGUUAAGUAAAUUUAAAUAAAAUUUUAACAUAUGUCAUUUGUGUUAGUAAGUAACACAAAUCUGAGUGUCAUUCAUCUGCUUAUAAUUCUUUGUUCUUUAGGCUGGGCAUGGUGGCUCAUGCCUGUAAUCCCGGCACUUUUGGAGGCCAAGGCAGGAGGGUCGCUUGAAGCCAGAAGUUUGAGACCAGCCUGAGCAACAUAGUGAGAACCCAUUUUUACAGAAAGAUCCUUUGUUCUCUCUGCAUUGCCAGCAGGAUCAAGUCUAGACUUUUGCCCUGAUCCCUGGUUGUUGAUGCUGUUUUAUCUGUGUCUGUCAUGCCUUGCUGCUCCCCUUUUGCACAAAUUCUUUGUCUAUCCAUGCAUAGCAUACCCCAGUGCUUCUGGGUCAGGACAAAUUGUCUCCUCUGUCUAAAUGCCUUUUCCCUUGUGCUUUCUUGCUAGCUCAAAUGUCCACCCCUCUGGAAGCUUUCUCUAAUCCUUCUAAAGCUGGAUUGAUCCUCUUCUGUGCUCCCCAACCUUCUCUAUAAUACAAUGAAUAUAGCACUUUC